CGAAAAGACUGGGGAAGCCACAAAGAAUUGAAGUGCGACGAAAAUGGAGCACUUAUCCCAUUCCUUUUUACUUUAUUUUCAGACAAAAAAAAUUAAAAAAAACAAAAUACAUUUAAUUUUCUUUUUCUCCGUGUAGAUAUAUUUAUAUAUAUAUGGCUAGCUAGCCCCUCCCUCCUCCGAAGCUCCACAUUAAUACAUUAGAUCAUCUAAUUAUGAUUAACUAAUUGCUAGCUACUAAUUGUAAUGAUGUUUUUCCCUCUUCCGAUUAGUGACUGCUGACCACCGCAACUCCUCCCUUCCGCCGCCGCUUCUCCGCCACCAACAUCACAUGUGGGAGCAUGAUCUGAUGAGAGAAACUUGUGCUAAGAGAAUUAAGAUCUUCAAACAUUCAUAUUGGGCAUUCUCAUCAUUCUUGUGGUAAAGCUUAGAUCAAUGGAUGACAAUGGAGGAAGCAAGGUGACAGGCAUCAGGCAGAUUGUUAACCUCAAGAGGUUCCUUCAGAAAUGGCAGAACGCCACAAUCGGCUCCAAGGAGGGCUGCAGCCCUCGAUCUGGAGAAAUGCAUCGAGGUAUCUCACCUGCUGUUACUAGGAGACUGAGGACUUCAAAUGUAUACACUGAAUCGGAUGAGGACAGUUGCCAGAGCCCCGACCCACCCGUUGAUGUCCCUAGAGGUUCUCUUGCUGUAUACGUUGUCCCUGAGCUUCGGAGGUUCAUCAUCCCGACUAGCUACCUUAGCGAUCCCCUGUUCAAGGUGCUGCUAGAGAAGGCUGAGGAGGAGUUCGGAUUUGAUCAAAGUGGCGGGCUGACUAUCCCGUGUGAGAUUGAGACCUUCAAGUAUCUCCUGCAGUGCAUGGAAAAUCACAGAAAAGAUCAAGAUGAUAAGGAUUGAAGGUCCAAAUCUGUCAACCCUUUUCUUCAUUUUGGAUUUCAUAUUGCUCAGUGACUCAAACAUGUUGAUCUAGUCCAAGAAACAUGUUAGCUGCAAACUGUAAGUUGUGCUUCGAUUUUUAUCCAUCACGACUCAAUCUUGAUCUGUGAUAUGCAAUCAAUCAUAGGAAGUUUGUGUA